GUCUGUGCUGUGAGUUUGAGUUCCGAUCCUCAUCUUCCUCCCACAGAGAGCUGAACCUGCAGACACUUUGCAGACGCAUUAACAGUUCGCAGUUUCUCUUCGGAGACUCACAAAGGAAAUAUCUAUCAGACUCGCGCGCAUCAUUCCAGCGGACCGAACCGAAGUGGAUCCGGAUCGGGCAACAAGAGGAUCUCAAACACGGUCCAAGUGGAUGUUGCAUCGCGCUGUCCAUGGUGCUGAAAUGAUCUGAUCUGAUCCGAAUCAUCAUCAUCUGCACAGCAGGAGCGUGUUCGGUUCUGAGCUGUGAUGCUCUUCGUGGAUUUUCUUCGCGGUCGGAGGAGGUUGCGGGUGUCUGUCUGCAAGCCGCCCUGCUCCUUCUGGUUUCUUCUGCUGUUUGGGAUCGGAGGACUCGUUCUCUUCAUCCACCUGCAGGAUCUGUCCGAUAUGGUGCUUCAGCAGGCUCCAGCAGGAGUGAAGUUCAGAGGAACCACUCAGUCCAGACAGGAGCAGUGCUCUCAGUUCAGUGAGGUCGUGGGCAGCGUCUCGGCUCGGAUCAACCAUCAUUCAGAGGAGAGCGACGUUGACCCCAUCUCACCGAUGCAGCUGCCAGACUCCCAGUGGAAGCGUCAGGCCGCCACGCCGGGGUCCCGAGAGCACGACCCGGGCUCUCAGCGGGUCACAAAACGUCACCGGAAACUAUUAAAGACCAGCCCGGUGCUGCGACCCCACACGAACUCUUCCCUGCAGAGCUCACGCCGUCUCUCUGACGUCCAAGAGUCCCGCCGGCGGAUCGUACGCGAGGUCUGCGGGAAAUAUCGGAGUAAUAUUUCACGGACGAUAACGCCGCAUCUCGUCUCGCGGAUUUACGUGGAGGACCGUCACAAACUCCUGUACUGCGAGGUGCCUAAAGCCGGGUGCUCCAACUGGAAGAGAGUCCUGAUGGUUUUAGCCGGCGUCGCCAACUCGACACGGGAAAUCAAUCACGUGGCCGUUCAUUACGACAAUCACCUGAAACGCCUGGACAGCUUCGACCGGCAGGGCAUCACGAAGCGUUUAGAGACCUACACCAAAGUCCUCUUCGUCCGAGAGCCGAUGGAGCGACUGGUGUCUGCGUUCAGGGACAAAUUCGAGAGUCCUAAUUCCUACUACCAUCCCGUCUUCGGAAAGCCCAUCAUCUCCAAAUACAGGGUGAAUGCAUCGCAGACGGCUCUGAAGACGGGGAGCGGCGUGACCUUUCGAGAGUUCAUCCACUAUCUUUUAGACGUGCAUCGUCCCGUGGGAAUGGACAUCCAUUGGGAAGCGGCCGACCAGCUCUGUAGCCCCUGCCAUCUUCACUACGACUUCAUCGGGAAGGUCGAGACCUUAGAAGAAGACGCCAACUUCCUUUUACGAAAGAUCGGUGCGCCGGAGAACCUGUCGUACCCCUCGUUCAAAGACGGGAACCCCAAAGCGGCCAGAACUUCCACUCAGAUCACACAGCAUUAUUUCUCGCAGCUGAACGCGUCUGAGCGCCAGCGGGCGUAUGACUUCUACUACAUGGACUACUUGAUGUUUAACUACUCCAAACCUUAUAAAGACCUGUACUGACGCUCAUGCUUUAACCCCUUGUUACCUGUCCGUCGUCUGAUCAGUGCUUCAGAGACUAAUUCGACUCAUUUAUAAUUACACAGUCUCAUCCUCUUUGGAGAUUCAGCUGUCGAUAACCCGGAGCACAUCACACCUUUACAUAAAUUGCUCUUUAUUUGCCAUUAAAUAGUCUGAGUUGUGUCCCAAUCCGGCUUGACUCGACAAGUUACCAGUGACUUGCUCAUCUACCACAACUGAGCCUAGUGUAAAAUGUUUAGUAUACAAAUAAAUUAAUGCAACUGUAAGAGAUUGGGGUCAACUAGGGUUUUAAAUUAAAAAUGAAGUAAUACUUUUAUCCAUCAAGGAUGCAUUAAAUUGCUACAAAAUUGACAGAUUUAAAAGAUUUAUAUUAGAAUCGAUAAAGUGAUAUAAAAGAAUAUUAAAUCCAUUUUAACAUAUAAUUUUAUAUAUACACAUUUUCUCAAAUUCUCUUUACUUAAUUAAAUGCAUCCAUAUUUUUAGUUUCUCAUUAUUGUAAUAGUAAUUAAGUAAAAUCAUCCUAUCUGAACACCAUGAUUUUGUUUUGAUUAAACUUGAAUUGAAUUCAGUUCAAUAAAUACUAUGUAGACGCAUUAAUUAAUUACUUCAUAUUUAAAAUAUUAUAAUUAAAAUAUAUAUAUUUUACAUUUAAUGAGAAUUUGGGGUAAAUUCUCAAUUUGGGGUAAAUUAAUUUAUAAUUUCCAAAUGAACUUUAAAUAAUUAAAAAUAUUUGUUGAGAGAGAGUGAGAGAGAAGUAAAACAAAGUACCUACUCUAAUAAUGUCAAUAUUAAUUUAUUUAAAUUUAUUAAAAUUAAUUUCAAUAAUAGUUUUAAAACAAUUAAUUUUAAAAUAUUUUUUCUUUUUUUCUGGUGCAACAGAAUUAAACAUGUUGCUCUUAUAAUGUCAGAAUAUAUAGAAUUUUAAAUUAAAAGAGAUUAAUACUUUUAUCCAUCAAGGAUGCAUUAAACUGAUACAAAAUUGACAGUAAGGAUAUUAAAAAAAUUAUAUUAGAAAUAAAUUAUGUCCUUUUUAACGUUUUUCUUCAUCAAAAAAUCCUGAAAACAAAAACCUUUUACAAAUAUUUUUCUUCACAUUAAAAUAUUUUUUGGUAAAACAUUUUUUGGUGGUGUGAAAUUUAACUCUCUCCAUAUAUAGUUAAUUUACUUAUCACUGAAGACUGGAGUAAUGAUGCUGAAAAUCACAGAAAUAAAUUACAUUUUAACAUAUACUCAUAUAGAACACAGUUGUUUUAAAUUGUAAUAAUAUUUAACAAUUUAUCCGUAUUUUUAAUCAAAUAAAUGCUGCCUUAUUGAGCAGAAGAGACUUAAUUCAAAAACAUUAACAAAUCUUACCAACCCCAAACAUAUGCAGUGGGCUUUUGGACCAAUGAGGUGUCAGUGUAGGCGGGGCUUCACUAACUUGUAACCAAGUAUUAAACAAAAUAUCUCUGUUAAGGACAGAAACUGCCCAUCUCUUACAAAAAUACCACGGUAUUAUUAUUGUCAGCAAGGUAUUCUUUGCAAAAACGAAGUAUAUAUAUAUAUUACUGUAAGAAGUUCACUCACUUCCCUUUCGCAAACACUCAAUCCUCCACCACUAACUACACUGAUAUUUUCAGAUAAAUCUAUAAUCUAUCUAUAAUUGUAAAAAGGGCAUUCAGAGGACUCUAUUUUUCUAUGUAGCCUAUUUGUAAAACAGCUUUAGAUGUGAUUGAAGCUUUUGUGCAAAUUCAUCUCUGAAGUCACUGACCAUCUGUUGGGUUUCUGCACUAGAUCUUUAGACCAUGUUUAUUAGACUAGGACGUGUGUGUGUGUGUGUGUGUGUGUGUGUGUGUGUGUGUGUGUGUGUGCAACACUAUGCUGAUGUGUGUACGUGAGUUUCUUUCCAAACACAGCACAUUAAAUGACUAUAUAGAACUGAACAGAUUUUAUUUAUCCAAUGCAAAGUACACCGUUUAAGAGCUAUAUAUGGUGAGCAUAAUAUAUUUCUAUUUUGUUUUAUUUUAUUAGAGAUCACAGAGAGUAGAUUUAUGUCAUAUGAAGACUGAGUCAGCUUUAUAACCGCGAGCAUCUCUUCUGUCACCCGCUUCCCUCACACUUCUUUAAGAAUACAUUUAUAAAUAUAUAUAUAUAUAGAUCUAUAUGAUAUCACACAUACAGAAACUGGUGAAUGUAUAACUGUUGUUAGUGCAAAACUGUACAAAUCCAUAUGAUCUAUACGCCCUUUGCCUUAUUUGACACUGCCAGUGUUUCAGGAAGAGCUGCAGUCGCAGGCUGACAGUGAAUAAACAUUUUGUCUUUGG